AAAAGUGUUUGAUGCUAUCGUAUCAUCAGCGGACAAAUUUCCACCUCAGCUUCGCAGUAUGUGCCACUGCUUGUACCAAGUACUCAGCAAGCGCUUUCCACAGGUUCCACAGAACAAUAUUGGAGCUGUCGGAACUGUUAUAUUUCUCCGUUUUAUCAACCCAGCAAUAGUAUCGCCCCAGGAGAUGGGAAUUGUGGGGAAGGUGGUUCCCCAACCAGUGAAGCGAGGUUUAAUGCUGAUGUCAAAAAUACUUCAAAACAUAGCAAACCACGUGGAGUUCAGCAAGGAACAACACAUGAUACCAUUCAAUGACUUCCUUAGAGCUCACUUUGAAGUAGGACGAAGAUUUUUCAUCCAAAUAGCAUCAGAUUGUGAGACGGAGGACCAAGGUUCCCAUUCAAUGUCAUUCAUCAGCGAUGCCAACGUUCUGGCUUUGCAUCGACUGCUCUGGAACCAUCAGGAGCGCAUCGGAGACUACCUGAGCAGCAGUCGGGACCACAAGGCUGUGGGGCGUAGGCCCUUCGACAAGAUGGCGACACUGUUGGCAUAUCUCGGACCUCCGGAGCACAAGCCGGUGGACUCACAGUCUGUUGACAGUCUGCUGUUCUCGUCUUACGCACGAUGGAGCUCCAUUGACAUGUCCAGCACCAACUUUGAGGAGAUCAUGGUGAAACAUAACAUGCAUGAGAAGGAGGAGUUCAAGAGCAUCAAGUCACUGAACAUAUUCUACCAAGCAGGCACGUCCAAGGCGGGUCACCCUGUUUUCUAUUACAUUGCCCGAAGAUACAAGAUUGGUGAGACCAAUGGAGAUCUACUGAUUUAUCAUGUAAUUCUCACACUGAAGCCUUUCUGUCACUCACCGUUUGAACUGGUAGUAGACUUCACACAUACGUGCUCCGAUAACCGAUUCAGGACUGAAUUUCUUCAGAAGUGGUUUUAUGUCCUACCUGAAGUGGCUUAUGAGAAUAUCCAUGCAGCCUAUAUCUAUAAUUGUAACUCAUGGGUGAGAGAGUAUACAAAAUUCCAUGACAGGAUGUUGAUACCUCUUAAGGGUAAUCGGUCUCUAAUAUUCAUAGAAGCUCCAGCUCGUUUGAAUGACGUUAUUGAUCCAGACCAACAGAAACUGCCAGGUGCUACACUUUCGCUGGACGAGGACCUGAAAGUCUUCAACAACGCCUUGAAACUUUCACACAAAGAUACAAAAGUUGCAAUAAAAGUUGGUCCAACCGCUAUCCAAAUAACAUCCUCGGAGAAGACUAAGGUGCUGUCACACUCUGUUUUACUGAAUGAUGUAUACUAUGCAUCAGAGAUAGAGGAGGUCUGUCUGGUGGAUGAUAACCAGUUCACACUCACCAUUGCCAACGAGUCGGGUCCACUCUCGUUCAUUCAUAAUGACUGUGAUAGUAUUGUGCAAGCCAUAGUUCACAUCCGCAACAGAUGGGAGUUGUCUCAACCGGAUUCAGUAACUGUGCACCAAAAAAUAAGACCGAAAGACGUUCCAGGAACACUGUUGAACAUGGCUUUAUUAAAUCUUGGCUCUUCAGAUCCAAAUCUAAGAACUGCAGCUUAUAACCAACUUUGUGCUCUAACUGCUACAUUUGAUCUUAAGAUCGAAGGACAGCUAUUGGAGACUUCAGGGUUGUGUAUUCCAUCUAACAACACAAUUUUCAUCAAGUCAGUUAGUGAGAAGCUGGCCACCAAUGAGCCCCAUCUGACCUUGGAGUUUCUUGAGGAAUGCAUUCAAGGUUUCCGAGUUUCAACCAUAGAGUUGAAACAUUUAUGUCUCGAAUAUAUGACACCAUGGCUGGCAAAUUUAGUCAGGUUUUGUAAACCAUCAGAUGAAAGCAAACGGCAACAGAAAGUGGCUCAAAUUUUAGAAAAACUUAUCUUACUCACAAUUCAGGAAGAACAAAUGUACCCAUCUAUUCAGGCUAAAAUAUGGGGAUCCAUUGGUCAGGUGCCUGAGCUCAUAGACAUGGUGCUAGACAGUUUCAUUAAGCGGUCAGGAGAGGUGGGGGUCGGCUCUCCUGUGGUGGAAAUACUGGCCGACACAGCUGUGGCUCUUGCCUCGGCAAACGUACAAUUAGUCGCUAAGAAGAUCAUUGGAAGACUAUGCAGGGUGCUGGAUAAGACAUGCACAUCGCCUACUCCCACACUGGAGCAGCAUGUGCUGUGGGAUGACAUUGCCAUCCUGGCCCGCUAUCUGCUCAUGUUGUCUUUCAACAACUGCCUGGAUGUCGCCCGCCACCUGCCCUACCUCUUCCAUGCGGUCACACUGCUCGUGUGCUCCGGCUCUCUCAGCAUGCGUGCCAGCACUCACGGUCUCGUCAUCAAUAUCAUACACUCUCUGUGCACCUGCACCAUGCCCCAAUUCACCGAGGAGGCCCAGCGAGUGCUCCGCCUCAGCUUAGAUGAGUUCUCUCUGCCCAAGUUCUAUCUUCUGUUUGGAAUCAGCAAGGUCAAGUCCGCUGCCGUUACAGCCUUCAGGUCCAGCUAUCGCAACCCUACUGACACACGGCUUGGAAAUGAGAGGUAUUUUACAGGACUCCCAACUGACAGGGAAAGACUCUCCCUUACUUCACUGGAAGUGAUAACCGAUGCAUUGCUUGAAAUAAUGGAGGCUUGCAUGAGGGACAUUCCAGACUGUGAUUGGCUGCAGACCUGGACCUCGCUAUCCAAGUGUAUAGCGUUCUGCUUCAACCCAGCCCUCCAGCCCAGAGCACUUAUUGUAUUUGGAUGCAUAUCCAAAACUAUAACUGACCUGGACAUAAAGCAGCUGCUGCGUAUUCUGGUGAAGGCUCUAGAGAGCUUCAAUGACAUGAUGCAACUGGAGGCCAUCAUCAUGUGUCUAACAAGACUUCAACCUCUUCUGCGUCCAGAAUCACCUAUCCACAAAGCACUGUUCUGGGUAGGUGUAUCAGUGCUGCAACUGGACCAGAUGAAUUUGUACCACUCAGGGCUGGCCCUUCUCGAGCAGAACUUGCACACUCUUGACUCCCAAGGAAUAUUUGAGGACAAGCCUCUGGCCCAAGUGAUGAUGUCAACCAGGGAACCUUUGGAAUGGCACUUCAAGCAACUGGACCAUGCCGUCGGUCUCAGUUUCAAAGCCAAUUUCCAUUUUGCUCUUGUGGGCCACUUGCUGAAAGGUUUCCGUCAUCCUACGCCAACUACAGUGUCACGUACAUCGCGCAUUUUGACCUCACUGCUGGCCAUUGUCGCUAAGCCCCAUAAGCGUGACAAGUUCGAAGUGACACCGGAGAGCGUGGCUUACCUGGCCGCGUUAGUGCCAGUAUCUGAGGAAGUGAGAAACCGAUGUCAUGUGAAGCACACUGCUUCUCGCCUGGACAUCCACCUCAAUCUUCUACCACAGGUAACAGCAUCGCUCGCAGGCAACAAAUGUGAGGCCAUGUCAUCCAGCCGCAGGCAGAAGUCUUGGGAUUUGCUGGACCAAUCGGCCAUUGCUCAGGCUCGCCAACACAAACAACAAACACAGAAUCGCAGUGCACGAGUGUCAGUAUCCAACGAGAACAAUGUGCUGCUGGACCCAGACGUGCUGACUGAUUUCUCUACACAGGCACUAGUACUCACCGUGUUGGCAACCCUGGUCAAAUACACCAGUGAUGAGGCAGAGACUCGUAUUCUCUACCAGUACCUGGCCGAAGCAUCGAUCGUUUUUUUUCCCCGAGUCUUCCCUGUUAUACACAGCCUGUUGGACGCUCGACUGACCAGUGUGCUGCAGAUGUGCCAUGACCAGGUGAUACUGAGUGCCGUGCAGAACAUCAUCCAGAACAUGAUAGCCUGCGAGGACACCAGCCAGCAACAGCUGCACUACCUUCAGUCAUGUGGCUUCGGAGGGUUGUGGCGUUUCUCUGGACCGUUCGCUAAGAGCAAUGCUACAGCCGAGAGCGCCGAGCUAUUUGUCAACUGCCUGGAAGCGAUGGUAGAGACUUGUCUACCUGGAGAGGAGGGAGAGAUGGAGCUAGUCCAGUAUCCCUCCAUGUUGUCAGUGUCAUCCAACAUGAAUUUAUCAUCAUCAUUAUCCAGCCUUACACUCGGCUCUCCUACUGACAAAGUAGAGCCGCUGCUCGAUGUGGAAGGCACCUCCUCGCUGGGCCGCUCCUCCUACACCAAGUCCCGCAAGUCCCCAGCCGUUGAAUGAGACUCGCUUUGCCUCCUCAGAUCCGGGUCAGACUUCAGCCUCAACUGGCUCUGAGGACUGCAGAACGUGACGCAGGCCGCAGUGUUACCAACAGUGCUCUGCAGCGUCACUGGCCCGACCAAUCAGAGGGUGAUCGGCCGCGGCCGUCCACGCCCCCUCCGAGGAUGUCAUAAAUCACUUGACUAGCUUGUGUCUACGACAUACAGUUGAAAAUAUUAACCAACUGAUUCUAUUGGAGUAGUGAACUGUUGGUUUCCAACCAUUUAAUGAAUUAAAUGUUCAAUGAAUUCAGAAGAAAGAUAUCAAAUAUUUGUUGGCCAACUAAAAAUACUCUUUAUAGUGUAACUUUCUAGAUCAAUACAUUAUGUUGUCUUUGAUCACUCAGUAAGUUAAUCUUGACAGAAGAAAUAACAGAUUUUAAAUGUGCACUAACUUUAUCACAUGUCAAAUACUGCAAUGAACUAUAAACUGUCUAGUCACAAUACCAAAGGCUAGGUUAGAGAACACCAUUUAAUUUAGUUACGAACGUACGCUAAUUUGGAACCAAUAACGUCAACAACUUGUAGAAGAGGAGUGGCUUUGUACAAAUUUUGUGUGGAUCCGAUAAGUAACUGUUGCCUACUUUACAAGGUCCUAAAGUGGUAUAUUUUUUAUGAUAAAAAGAUGUGUGAUAUGGAGAAAAUGUAUUUUAGCUGAAUUUUAAACUUAUUUAAUUGUAUUAUCUGUUUAUUAGUGCUGUGACAGUUUACAUUUUUGUUAAGACCAGUGCUCGAUUUCUAGAUCUAUAAGUGGCGGAACUGUAACCUCAGGGGUAUGGAAUAUUUCCCAGAAAACAUCGGUUUUCGGGCCCUUUCCUGGAAAAUGUUGAAAAUAUAAGAUUUCAACACAGUGUUUUUAUGCAUAUCUGGGGUGCAGGGAAGGGUUCUUACACAAACUAAAAGUCCUAAUUUUUUCAGGGAGAGGUACCGGAAUGCCGUUCCGGUGCAUUCUGUCUUAAAUCAAGCACUGGUUAAAGCCAGAAUUAAAUAACUAGAUUCUUUGAUA